AUGAGCCACUUGGCCAGUGGCUACCAUUUCUCUGUGGGGGCGGUAGUACAGGCAAAAGGCACCACACUGUUGUCCUGGGGACUCAACACCAACGGCGAGCUCGGAAACGGCACCACGACGUCGUCACCAACGCCCCAGCAAGUCAUCACGCUCCCCAUGCAGCUGCAGAGAGAACCUCUCAGUGUCGCCCAUGUUUCGUGUGGAAAGCAUCACGUCGCUGUAAUCACAGGCCAAGCGAAACUCUUCACAUGGGGUUGCAACAAGUACGGACAACUGGGACUGGGAGACUUUUCGCCUCGCACUCAGCCACAAGAAGUUCAGUUCGCUCUGGCCACACUCAGCUCUCACCGUCGAGCAUUGCGCGUGAUGCACACAGUGCAACGCGCUGGGAACAACGUCACACACGUGGCAUGUGGGGCAGCUCACACACUCUUCGUGACUCAUCAGCAACAAAUUCUCGGGAUGGGCUACAACCAAGCAGGUCAACUAGGCCUGGGUCAUCGGCUACAGCAACAUAAAGGCUGGCGCAGUUGUACACCAAUUGCAGUCGAAUCUCUGCGCGACCAGAGCAUUCUCGACCUCGCAGCAGGUCAGAACCACAGUGCAUGUGCUCUUAGCAACGGGGACAUCUACACUUGGGGAUGUGGUGAUGACGGUCGCUUAGGAGAUGGCAAACUGGGCGACGGAGUGGCAACUCCGACACUGGUAAAACUAUUGCGAGAGGUUUCUGUCCGUGUCCGCUCAGUUCGCUGUGGGGCAAGACACAUGGCUGUCAUUUCCGACUGUGACUUGCUGUACAUUUGGGGUGCCAACGACUUUGGACAACUUGGUUGUAAGGACAACAAGCCGCGAUCUCGGCCGUUCUUACUGGUCACCGCGUCGCUGUUGGCUGAGGGAGUGGAGGAUGUGGCGCUGGGUGAAUUCCAUACUACAUGUGUGACGUCUGCAGGAAAGGCUUACACGUGGGGACUAAAUCUGAGAGACAACAAUGCUCUUGUCGGUUCUAGCACUUCUCCGCACAUGAUUGAGUUGCCUGAGAAGGAGCGAGUGAGAAGAAUUUCAUGCGGAUGGACUCAUACGGACGUCGUCACGUAUAUUAAUGCUGAAGAAGCAAGCGUCUCUGGACAAGGGGUGAACUUUGACAGGAAAAUUGAGCGAGAACGCAUAAACCAACGCAAGGCCGAAGUGGCACGUUGGAGAGCUUUUCUUGCGGCAUCUACUUCUUGUGCAGCCAAACGACACGAUAAGGAACAAGAACCAUCGAUCGAGAGAGCUGUCAUGGCAUCGAUCAAGACAAGGAAGCACUCAAAAUCUACAACAAAGGGGGUUUCUGAACAAACCGAAGCACUAGAAGGGGUCAACUUAUCGCUGGAAAAGCUUGCUGUUUCGUACAGCAGCCAGGCUAUUAAGGACGCAGUGAGGAAUUUUACUCAAGUGAUUCGCACUGCACACAGAAAUCGCAUCAGGAGUGCGAGAAGCAAUCACAGUAUGCCUAGUAACAACGGUUUGGAGCGACAAUCAACGCAAGUGAAAGGGGUCUUUUACCACAAUCAAUUACGACCACCCGAACUACCAGCAGCAACAGAGUUUUCUUCUGCUGUUGGUCGAAAGCCCUGGAAUGCGCCUGUCGGAACACCAAUUCGUCCAGAUUGUCACCAGGUCGUAAUAUGCCCUCCCUUCUAUCCGACUCCUCCUGCACGAGAAUCACUAAACUUGUCCAAUCAACGUUCAUUGGACCCAAAGCAAGCCGAGCUGCGUGUCCCUACCAAGUCCAGUACAGGAGGCUUCAACGUGCAUUCAAAGCAUCAUGCUCGUUAUCCAACCGUCGUUAAACGACCAGCUACUCCAUCUCCUCGCACUCGCGUCACAGUCGUGGAGGCAUUAUUGCAUCAACCCACGUUCUCAAUCACGCAAGGAGCACUCACGUCUGCUCGAUCUCGUUCAGUGAGCAAGUAGACAAUUUUGAGUCAAAGCC